UCCAGCGGGGAGCUGGAGUGGCUCUUGCAGGCUCUCUAAAGAUCGAUAGACCCUUCCUGCUGCUUUGCACCCUGGAACGGACUUUGGCAUCUUCAGAAACAAUUCAUAUUUUCCUAGAUGCCCUGUCCUGCGUUAAAAGCACUUGAAAAGUCAUUGUAAAAAUACAGCUACUGAACAUUUCUGAAGGACUAUCGCGGUCUCCGUGGAGGAAUUACUCGAGGGACAAAAGAUGGGAUUAACCCAGUGUGGAAAGUUUGUUUUCCAGGAGAGAAGUCCAUCCUCCAGCAGGGGAAAGGGAUGGUUUGUGUAAUGAACAUCAAGAAAUUGGAUGUGAAAUUGAUCAAUGAAUGUAGGUAAGUAUCGGGGGAGAAAAGCAACCGAAUAGAAAUCUCGUUUCCUUAAUUCGGAUAACGUGGAUUCUUUGAGCACACAACGCCGACUAGGAAAUGCUGUGAACCUAGCGACUGAGUCCACUGGGCUUUGCAGACUGCCUCCUUAAUAGACCCGAAGAGGCAUCGAGGAAAACCGGCAUCUUCCUGAUCGAGAGAGAAUGGUGCUGGAAAGACGCUUUUUCCUCAUGUUCAAAGUGUGGUCGAUCAUUGUUCUCACCGGAGGGAUCGCUUCUAUACAAAAGGCAGAAGAAGGACAGAACUUCAUACCGCAUCAUAAGUCAGGAAAACAAUGCGGAAUUUGGGUCCGGAAUGACAAUGGCGGAUAUUUUGCUUCACCAAACUACCCAAAUGCCUACCCUCCCAACAGAGAAUGCAUCUAUAUUCUGGAAGCGGCCCCUCGUCAAAGAAUUGAACUCACGUUCGACGAACCCUAUAGCAUUGAACCUUCCUGGGACUGUCGAUUUGACAACUUGGAAGUCAGGGAUGGACCAUUUGGAUUCUCUCAUCUCAUAAACCAUUACUGUGGUCAGCAAGCUCCGUCACUCAUUAAAUCAUCUGGAAGAUUCUUAUGGGUAAAAUUUACCUCAGAUGAAGAAUUAGAAGGCUUCGGAUUUCGAGCAAAAUACACUUUUGUACCAGAUCCUGACUUUAUCUAUCUUGGUGGAAUCUUGAAUCCUAUUCCAGAUUGCCAGUUUCAGUUAUCAGGGUCUGAUGGGAUCAUAUACUCCAGUCAAGUGGAAAAGGAGGGGAAAAUAAAACCAGGAGAAGCCAUUGACUGCAUCUGGACAAUUAGAGCCCCUGCAAAAUCUAAAAUUUAUUUACGUUUUAUCGACUAUCAAAUGGAUCACUCCAACGAAUGCAAGAGAAAUUUUGUCGCUGUGUAUGAUGGGAGCAGUGCCAUUGAAAACUUAAAGGCCAAGUUCUGUAGCACUGUAGCCAAUGACGUAAUGCUGCAAACUGGGGUGGGCGUGGUUCGCAUGUGGGCCGACGAGGGCAGUAGGCGCAGCAGAUUCCAAAUGCUCUUUACUUCAUUUGUGGAUCCUCCCUGCCAAGACAACACAUUUUUUUGCCACAGCAACAUGUGCAUCAAUAAUUCGUUGGUUUGUAAUGGAGUCCAGAACUGCGUGUACCCAUGGGACGAAAAUCAUUGCAAAGAAAAGAAGACGCCUGGCCUCUUUCACCAGAUCACCAAGACUCAUGGAACAGUCAUCGGCAUUUCAUCAGGAAUUGUUCUAGUUCUUCUUGUCAUUUCAGUGCUGGUCCAAGUCAAACAACCUCGCAAGAAGGUUUUAGCUCGCAAAACGACAAUAAACAAAUCGGGAUUUCAAGAAGUAUUCGAUCCCCCUCAUUAUGAACUCUUUUCCCUGAGAGACAAAGAAAUAACAGCAGAUUUGGCUGAUUUAUCCGAGGACUUUGAAAACUAUCAUAAACUGAGGCGUUCCUCCUCCAGUGCCUCCAGGUGCAUUCACGACCACCACUGUGGCUCCCAGCCACCAAGCAUCAAGCAAAGCAGGACUAAUUUAAGCACAAUGGAUCUCCCAUUUCGAAAUGAUUUCUCUCAGCCUCAGCCAAUGAAAACAUUUAACAGCACCUUCAAGAAAAGCUGCUACACUUUAAAGCACUCACAGGAUAGUCCAGAGCGAGUCAUGGAAGACAGGGUGAUGGAGGAGAUUCCAUCUGAGAUUUACGUACGUGGCAGAAAUGACACUGUUCAGCGUUCGAUGUCCAUUGACUUUUGAAACGGAACUGCCGUGUCAUUACUGAGCACUUUGGUUUGGUCUGCUAUCUCUUGAAACUGCUGCUCUGUUACUUUGAUAUUUUAAUAUACCCUGAGUAUCAGCCCACAGAUGAGGAAUUAUGCUCACCUGACUCUUAUUGACUUUCUGUGAGGUGAACUGUCAAGAACAAUUCUAAAUAUCAGAAUUAUAAUUGUGUUCUGAAGCUUGUUAAUGUUGUAUCGCUGGUUUAUAAUUACUUACUGUAAAUAAGCUAAAGGUUUAAUUCUUUGAUCUCCUGCUGUUAGCCCAUUAAUUGCUCCAGUUCACUGGAGAGAAGUUUUUCAAUUUAAGUAUGAAAACAGCAUUACAGUAACAUCAAAAUUCCUUUAAAAUAGCCUUUUUUUACUUAAAAGGAAAGAAUAAAAUUUUUGAUCUUGCUAGUCUAUGGUCUUGAAUGGCAACAUUAUCCCUUUGUAAUGGCUAGUUUUUUUAACAAAUUAACCAGAUUAUUUAGAUCAUUUAAUCCAUGUGAAUAAAGUUAUCGUUAGCGAACUCACGGAAUUGUGUCAGUACCAGUUCAAAUA